AUGAACUCACAACAGCAACAAGAGCAAAGACAAAAGGAAAUAUCAUGUCCAAAUGAGGAUAUUGAGUGCUUUAAUAAUGACAACAUGAAUAGUAAUGCUAUUGAAAAAACUGAUGUAUUAUUUCAACACAAUAAUAAAGGUGCCGAGAAACUUACAGAUGAAAUAUCACAAGAACUAGUGAAUCACGACAUGGAUCAAGUGUUUUUAGUCCAUUUUAAUGAGCGUGAGCAAUUUCAGUACAUGGUUACGGAACAAGAUUAUAAAAUAGAUGUAUUAAUGGAUUUAGCACAACAGGCUGUUGGAUUAACUGAAAUAUAUUUAUAG